AAAUGUUUCCACCGAAUUUAAAAAAAAAUAUAAGAGAAAUCGACAGGCAAAUAACACUUUUGGAAUCCGAAUGUAAAAAUAUGGAACCUGAACAAAAUGAAUCGCUUUCCACUGUCGUCCUCUCAAAAGUUGCCAUUAGAGAAUUACCCAGUAAACCAUUUAUAACGGGUCCAAUACUUGAACAAUUUAAAAAAACAAAUUUUAAUAUACAUGAUACCGAUCGUGUGAUGAUGAUGAUAGACGAUGGAAAUGAUAAUGACACGAAUGUAACAAUUGAUGAAAAACAAAAUUUGAAAAGAAGUGAAAAAAUAACAUGUACAAAACAGGCACGUAAAACGGAAGAAGAAAAUUUUCCGAUUAUAUUCAAUAGCAGUACGCCAAAAAAAAUAUUUCACAAAGAAGUUUUAUUAGCUGAUACCGAAGAAGAUGAAUUAAAAAGUGAUUGUUUGGAAUUGAAAAAAAAAACAAUAAAUGAAAUACCACCAAUGGAACAUUUAUCGGUUAAAACAAAUCGUUUCCGGUCUGCACGUACGAAAAGAAAAUCUCAAGAUGAAAUACCCAUCGAUAUUAGCGUGUCAAAGGGCAUACAAGAAAAAAAAAUCCAAUGCAUGAUUGGAAAAGAAGAAAAGGAAAAAUAUGAUUUUUUAAUCAAUCUUAACGAUUCGAUUAAAAAUCUUAAUUUAUUAAUUGAAGAAUUUAAAAAGAAAUCACUUCAAGAUGAUAAAGAAAAUGAAGUAUUGAACGAAAUGCAAAAUACUUUGACAAAAUUAAAUAAAAUAAAAUCAUCGACGACUUUAAAUUGUCCAAUAAAUUAUUUAUUAAAUGAAAAUGGCGGAUUUUUAAUCGAUAAUAAUGAUUCGGAUGGUAAAAAAGUAUUAUUAUCAGUAAAAAAAUAUUGCGAACAACUCACUGAAGAAAAAACAUUUUUAUCCGAGGAGCUCACGAUAAAAAAUCGAACGAUUGCAUCUAUGAAAAAUAAAGAAAAAGAAUAUUUAUCACUUAUAUCAUCCCUUAAAUUUAGUUUGGAAAAAGCUAAAGAACAAGCAGAAGAUUGUAAUCGUUGUAAAAAAGAAUUAAAUUUAGUUAAAACUAAAUUAAACGAAGAGGGAAAGAUAAUAGAAGCAUUGCAAAGGAGUCAUGAUAAAAUGCAAGAUUUAGUUGAAAAUUAUGUAUUGGAAAAUGAUAAAUUAAGAACACAAUUGAAAAUAACAAAAUUGGAAACGCAAAAAUAUAACGUUUUGCUCUCGAGUAAAGAAGAAGAAAUAAAAAAAUAUAAAUUCGAAAUGGGAUCGUUUCAAAGGCAAAUAUGCGAACAAUUAAGUUUAUUAAGAUCAAAAGCAUCAGAAAAUCAAGUUGAAAACGCAUUGAAAACAUUUGCAGAUCAAGCUGGUCUUUUAAGUCAAACGGAAAAUGAAUCCGGACAAACAAAUACAAACGAAUACAGCGAUAGAAUAUCAUUUACAACGAGUAAAACAUCCCUGGAAUCCAUUUGGAGUCGCGGAGUGAAAAAAUCUAAAAAUAUCAACAGCGUCGUUAACGUUCAAAAUCAAGAUGGCGGUAAUGAUAAUUUUAACGAUUGCGAAUACACGAGUUGUAAAUCCGAUGAUUCCGAUCGUGAUGAAAUUAAAUUAGAUGAAAACGAUUAUCGAAGAACGAUUUACAAAGAACUCUUCGAUCAUCAUCAACUGAAAUAA